UAAUUAAUUCCAAACCAUUGAUGCUUCCGCGUAAUGUUUUCGACAAUAAAGCGAUUAAACAAUCGCGAAAUCUUAAUGAUGACGAAUAAGAGAUUCAAUACAUCGGCAAGUAUUUCUCGAGAUUAUGUAUUAAGUAUCGAAAAAAAUUAAUUCAAUGUAUUAGCCUUGAAUUUCAAGAAUUGGCGGGCUGUGUAAACAAUCGUACCGAUAAGAUCAUGACGCUAUCAUCAUUCAUUAUGCUUUUUGGUCUCGCUUUGUAUUAAAAAUGAAGAGCGUUUAGUCACAAUUUGGCUUCGAUUGCGAUAUAAUAGUUCUAAAGCGUUAAAAUGAAACUUAUAUUAUUAUUAACAGUCGUUUGUGCGUGCUAUGCAACUAGUCACGCACAGUUCGCAGGACUCUCCAGUAUUGCCGAAGCUGCAGCUGCUGCUGCCCGUAGAAGAUUUUCCGACAACAGCACCCGUCUCAGAAAAGAUCCAAUAAGAGAGCCUCUGCUCCUAAUCGCUGAGCCUUUCGGUAUCAGCCGUGUGAACCUUACGGCUCAUGUUCGUCGACUAAUUCUUCGCACUGAUAACAUCGGUGGCGUCGAGUACCACCUUGGCCGCGACUGCAUCUACUGGAGUGACCUGUCCACCGGUAGAAUCUACGCGCGUUCCCUUGCCGCUGAAGGUCGCGCCGGUUAUAAGGUGAAAUUGCUCAUAGACCGAAGCCCUCUGGAAUGGAGACCUCGUGCCCUGGCCAUCGACUACGUCAACGAGAAGCUCUACGUCGUCGACUCGCGCGGCAAGAAGAUUCACGUGUUCGAUCUCGACGGCAAAGAUCACAGUGUUAUCUUUGAUGGCUUCCUACACGAACCCAUGGACAUCGCUGUAGAUCCACAGGAAGGCGUUAUGUUCAUCGCUGAUGGAAUGAGAAUCAUCAGAGUGAACAUGGACGGCACGGAACCAAAAGCCGUAGUCGCACACCCUAGAUACUAUAUUAAGUCCGUAACUCUCGACCUCGAAAAUAAACACGUUUACUGGUCAGACAACACCUACCACCGAAUCAAGAGCGCCAACUAUGAUGGUUCCAACUUGACUGUUGUUCUCAAGAACGAACACGGCAAAGCUUUCAGUCUUCUCGGCCCAGCCAACCUAGCCUUUAACCAGGGUCUACUUUAUUUCUAUGAUGAUAUCUGGCGCCGUGUCGCCAGUGUGAAGGUCAGCACUUUGGGUGACGGACAUGCCGUCGAGUCCAGCUACAAGAUUGUCUACGACGGCGUUACCGUCAAGGCCAUGAGAAUCGUGCGGCCGGCUGACCAGCACGUGGAUGUAAAGAACCCGUGCGCGGCAAACAAUGGGCUCGGAGAUUGCGAGAAGUUGUGCCUCAUCAGCCCUAAGAAGAGGACUGACGGUCCAUUGACAUACAAAUGCUUGUAGAUUUUGUAUAUUAUUUUAUAUGUAUGUACUCAUUGCUUCAAUAUGAAUAAAAUCCUAUGAUUUUCGAAAAAA